AUGGAAAUAACAGAAAUUAAGAUAUAGGAUUCAGCCACCACAUUGGUGGGAUUCAUCCUGAUUGGGUUCUCUGAUGUGCCCAACCUUCAAGGAUUUCUUUUUGUUGUGUUUCUGAUAAUCUAUAUCUUUAUUCUUUUGGGAAACAGCCUCAUCAUCAUGAUAACUAAGGUUGAUCCUUCCCUCCAGACCCCCAUGUAUUUCUUCCUUCGAAAUUUUUCUUUUUUGGAAAUUUGUUAUGUGUCAGUUACUGUCCCCAGAUUAUUAACAGACCUCUGUAGACAAUAUGGAAAUAUUUCACAGCUGGACUGUGCUAUUCAAAUGUAUUUCUUUCUGGUCCUGGGAGACAUUGAGUGUUUUAUCCUCACUGCCAUGGCUUAUGACAGGUAUGUGGCCAUCUGUAACCCACUUCUCUACCCUGUCAUCAUGAACAACAGGCUGUGUAUUCAGCUGGCAGCUGUCUGCUGGACCACUGUAAUUCCAAUCCAUAUAGGAUUCACCUCUGUGGUCUUCUCUUCAACCUUCUGUGAAUGUAAACAGUUGAAUCACUUUUUCUGUGAUGCACCUGCAGUUGUCCAGCUUGUUUGUGUGGAUGGUUUCAGGGUUGAAAUGUUGAUGCAUCUGAUUAUUGCACUGGUUGCCUGUGUUCCUUCUUUACUGAUUGUUACAUCUUAUGUGAAAAUAGUCUCCGCUAUCCUGAAGCUGCCAUCAGCCACUGGGAGAGCCAAGGCCUUCUCCACUUGUUGUUCCCACCUCACGGUUGUGACUUUGUUCUUUGGCUCAGGCAUCACUGUGUAUUUCAAGUCUAACACCAAUCGUUCAACAGGAAUAGACAAAUUCCUUUCUCUUUUUUAUGCUAUCUUGAUACCAAUGUUAAACCCUAUUAUAUAUUGUUUGAGAAACAAGGAUGUUAAGGUGGCCUUGGAGAAAUUACUACAAAAAUGCUUUGUGCUGUGA